GAAUUUAUAUUUUCUGUUUUGAUUAGGUGUCUACAGUCCAUCAGUGGGACAGGGGACUGUAUGUGUAUUGUAUGAUUGUUCUACCCCGGUUUCCACUCUCUCUACCCUCCCCGUAAUCUGUGACCACCGGGACCUCUCAAGUACCGCAUCAGUCCCCACUGAUGUCGAUGAAACAGGACACCGGGGCACUGCCACGACGCAGUGCCAGGCUUGCAGUUCGUACCCGCCCUGUGGUACCUCCAAGAACGAAGGCUCAGCAACAGCGACUCAGCAAACGGAAGACUCCAGCGGCAUCGAGUACAGCAUUGACGGUACCGGUUACCACCGGGGUUCUUCCCGCAUGCCCGGUCCAAGGGGCCAAUGAGCCAGUGGCAGCUUACUUUCAGCGGGUACAGGUAUUCACUGAUACCGUUGCUGUCGUCAAGGCUCAACAGGAGGGAGCAGAGGCAGAACGUCAGCGGCUGGCCAAUGAAGCGGCAGCCCAAGCUCAGCAGACUGCUGAGGCUGACGCAGCGGCACGAGACCAACGGAAUGCCGCCAGCACGGAGUCCCUGAUUCAUAGUGAGAGUCAGUGGACAACGUUCCUCCAAGGCAUGAUCUUUGUGCCUUCGGACGCGCAGGCAGAUCCGACACCGGCGGAGGCAGAGAAGACCCACCUGGCCAACUUGAUGCUGGGCAUGAUGAGAGGAAUCAUGUGGAAUAACACACUGCUGCAGGCACAUCUGCGCACGGAACGACAGCAAAGACAAAAGUACCAGCAAGACAUUGCUGUUUUAACAACUGCCAUCCGCGCCGAAACAACACAGCAGCAGCAACUGCAUCAGCAGUUGAACUCCGCUCUCGCGCGCAUCAACAACAUUGAGGCUAACACCUCAGCAGCGCCAGGCUGCACGAUAGACGAGACAAAACAGCUCAAUGGGCGYAUCGAUCACGUCGUCAAACUCAUCGGCGACAUAGGUGUUUUCAWUGGACCGGACACGAUCAGUAGCACGGUGGCCGCCAUCAAGACGGACAUCACCAAGCUGCAGACGAGACCGGACRCCGCCACGAAGAAUUACAAGAUGCCGCACUUCGACAUCAGCAAGUUCGACGACUACAACAAGUCGGACGCCUUGACAUGGUGGCAAAGCUUCCUCACGGAAGCAUCAUGCCGCACCGUCCCGGCCGAUGACAUGAUGAAGGCACUGUACUUACAACUGAUUGGAGGAGCGCAGGCAUGGAUGAAUCAUCUGGCGGCUACAAAGAAAUGCACCAUCGCCGAACUCCACACGCACAUUCCGUGGAAGGAGUUCGAGAAGCUAUGGCUCACCCGGUUCAUGGUUCGCAACGUCAUGAAGGCAGCCAUGAACGAGGUCUUGGCCCGCGCAGGUCUUGGCCCACGCGUUCGAAGGAAGACGCAACCUACUCAAGUUACACUCGCAGACGGCCGCACGCAAAAGUCAAUUGACCGAUGCGUUGACGGCGUUCCAGUCUACUUUGCGCCCCUUGCGUGUGAGCCGGUGUCUUUUGACAUCCUCGACACCAAGUUCGACAUGAUUCUAGGCAUGUCUUGGUUGCGUAGCGCCGAUCAUCCGGUGAACUUCCACGACCGGACCGUUCACAUCCGUGAUCGGAACGGAGUGUUAAUCCCAUGUACGGUCGCAACCCCUCACACUUCGAUUGCUUGUCACGUGGUUUCCGUUGCGAGAAUUCACGACGCGAUUGCUCGGAAUGACGUCGAGGAGAUGGGCCUUGUAUUCUUGCAUGCUCUCCCCUCGCCGGACGGACCAGCCGCGUCACCGCCGGACCCACGCAUCACUCACCUCUUGGACGAGUAUGGAGAUGUCUUCGAGGCACCCACCGGAACGGUUCCGGAUCGGCCCACACGGCACGGGAUCACUCUCGAGGCGGGCACCGUCCCUCCGCGUGGAUGUAUCUACCGCAUGAGAGAAGAGGAACUCGAGGUGCUUCGCGCACAACUCGAUGACCUUCUCGACAAGGGCUGGAUUUGCCCUAGUUACCACCAGAUCGAAAUCCAUCCUCAAGAUCGGUACAAGACCGCGUUCAAGACGAGGUACGGGCAUUUUGAGUGGGUUGUCAUGCCUUUUGGCCUCACCAAUGCCCCUGCAACUUUUCAAGCAGCUAUGACGACUAAGUUUCGCGACUUGCUCGAUCGCAGCGUUCUCAUCUACCUCGAUGACAUCUUGGUCUAUAGCAGGACGUUGGACGAGCACAUCACACACCUUCGCGCUGUUUUGAAUCGUUUGCGACUGGCCAAGUACAAAGCGAACCGCGACAAGUGCGAGUUCGCCAAGCAAGAGCUUGAGUAUUUGGGUCACUACGUUACGCCGAAAGGCAUUCGUCCCUUCGCGGACAAGAUCCAAACCAUCGUGGAUUGGCCGGAACCCCGUUGUACGAUGGACGUACACUCUUUCAUGGGAUUGGCUGGAUAUUACCAGCGAUUCGUCGAGUCAUACUCGAAAGUGGCAGCUCCUUUGCCGAGACUUCAGUCCCCGAAGGUGCCCUUCGAGUUCGACGAUGCAGCUCGUGGCGCGUUCACUACGUUGAAGGCAGCGAUGCAAGCCGCACCUGCCCUCCGCAUAUACGACCCCACCUUACCCACCCAAGUGAUUACGGACGCUUCGGGAUACGGCAUUGGUGCGGUGUUGGAACAGUGUCACGAGGACGGUUGGCAUCCGGUCGAGUAUUUCUCCCAAAAGGUGUCUCUCGUAAACACUCUCGAUGACGCUAGAAAGAAAGAGCUACUCGCGUUCGUCACCGUUCUCAAACGGUGGCACCACUUUCUUCUCGGUCGUCGGCGUUUUAAAUGGAAUACGGACAACAAUCCGUUGACCUUUUACAAAACGCAGGAUACGAUCACUAGUACGAUCGGUCGAUGGAUGUAUUACAUCGACCAAUUCGACUUUAACUCGUGCCACAUUCCCGGUCCCGCCAAUCGAGCUGCGGACGCCCUCUCACGACGGCCCGACUUUUGUGCCAUUGUGACCACGACAUUCGACCUCGAUGACGAUCUGCAACCGCAUUUCGUCAAAGGCUACAAGUCCGAUCCGACUUACUUUACACUUUACGCGGAGCUUUCAUCGGAUCACCCGCCGGCUAGCCACUACGGGAUUUCCAAUGGGUUCCUUCUCCUUCACAUGAGAGGAAAUGACUUGUACAUUGCGUCAUGUGCAGUUUGCCACCGUAACAAGGGUCGAUCUCGAGUCCCCUGCGGCAAACUGAAACCGUUGCCGAUCCCUCGUGCACCUCGCCUCUCCAUUGCUAUGGACGUGACAGGCCCGUUUCCCCGCGAUCGCCAUGACCAUGACGGUAUUCUCAUGGUCGUUGACCGUUUGAGCAAGUAUGCUCGCUUCCUUCCUUGCAAGUAUCAUGCUGCAGCACCCGAGCUUGCACGACUCUUGCACACCAGUUGGAUUACCAACCAGGGUGUUCCGGAAGAUAUAGUGAGCGACCGAGAUACUCGCUUCAUGUCAACCUUUUGGACUUCCCUCAUGGCUGAGUCCAGUACGACAAUGAAGCCGAGCUCGGCUCGGCACCCGCAGACGGAUGGCCAGACGGAGCGAGCGCACCAGACCGCUCAGAUGAUGUUGCGUACGCUCAUCCGUCCCGACCAGAAAGAUUGGGUUGACCGGCUUCCCGACAUCGAGUUCGCCUAUAACACUUCGGUGCACCCGGCGAUCUGCGUCACAUCAUUCGAGCUACAUCAUGGUGGAGAGAAAGCACGGAUCUUCGCUGAUCUCCUUCUGCCACAGGCUGCCGACAUAGACGUCCCUUGCUCUCCUGCUUCCGUUCGGAAGUACCGGGACUUGCUGAUCAAAGCCCGCGCAAAUAUGCAAAAGGCUCAGAUCCGCAUGCAGCAACAGGCUAACCGACGUCGACUUCCAUGUCCUUUCUGCGAGGGAGACCUUGUUUGGGUCCUCUCCGAGAAAUUUGCGCUCGAGCAGGACGUUUCGCGCAAACUCCUUCCGAAAUGGUUCGGACCAUGGGAAGUCACUUCUGCCGUUGGAGACGACCCCGCAGGUCCUUCCUUCGUGAUCAACAUUCCACCGCACCUUACAGUGCAUCGGGUCUUCCACGCAUCGAAGCUGGCCAUCUACAAGCCACCUUCAGUUGACGAGUUUCCCGGACGUCGAUCACAGGAUCCGCCUUCUAUGGACGGACAUCAGGAAGUGGACCGAGUCAUCACGCACCGCAAGUAUGGCAACAAGCCAAUGCAAUACAAAGUCACAUUCAAGCAAUGUGCGCCUGACGACACUCGGUGGAUCUCUAGUGCAGACUUGCAGACUUCUGCACCCCUYAUCUUCGCCAACUAUGAGAAGACACGACUUGCCARGGCAGCAGCUCGUCCCACCCGACCCAUCCCGGUAUCGGACAGACAACUCCGCCCUCGCAGGUAGCUCGGUCUUUUAAGAGGGGGAGUGUGUUACAUCUUCGACGCCACACGGGUCCUACCGGACCCGACAUAGGGGUAG